AUGCGCUUCAGCACCACCCUCGCCGUUGUCGCGGCUUCUUGCGGCCUCGUUGCUGCCGCGCCUGCCACUGACGACAUGCACGUCAACCCCGGCCUGCGGCUCAUCAAGACUUCCGAGGAUGAUGCCGGCACCUGGGUCACCGAGGAUGAGAAAUUCGACAAAUACACCAGCAAGGGCAUUGGCUUCAUCGAUAUCACCGACAUCUCUGAUGAGGAGGUCCUCAAUCAUCUUUCAAUCGCCCCCAAGAGCGUCUCCUCCCUCGUUUCUCGCCAAGCCAUCACCUACCCGACCACCCUCGCCCACGUCACUGAGGCCAACUCGCUCAUCAGUCGCGUCAGCAACACCAACCCCCAGUCUUGGCUCAAGACUCUGACCGAGUUCAACAACCGUCACUACCGUUCUACCACCGGCACCCAGGCCUCGACCUGGCUCUACAACCAGGCCGUGAGCAUUGCCUCUGGCUACUCGGCCAUCACGGUGUCGCGCUUCACCCACUCCUUCAACCAGCCCUCCAUCAUCGUCAAGUACCCCGGUACCAGCUCCAACCUCAUCAUCGUAGGAGCACACUUUGAUUCCACCGCUGGGUCCACCACUGCACGUUCUCCUGGCGCCGAUGACAACGCCACCGGCACUGUAAACCUCCUGGAGGCACUCCGCGUCCUCGUGGCUGCUGGCUUCCGUCCUAAGAACACGAUCGAGUUCCACUUCUACGCUGGUGAGGAGGGUGGCCUCCUCGGCUCCCAGGCCAUCUUCUCCAACUACCGUUCCGCUGGCAAGCGCGUCUUGGGCAUGCUGAACCAGGACAUGACCGGUUACUCCCCUGGCGGCCGUGCUACCGUCUACACCGACUACGUCGACAGCGCGUUCACAGCCUACGUCCGUCUUGUCACCGCUCAGUUCACCGGUGCCACCCCUGCCAGCUCGUCUUGUGGUUACGGUUGCUCCGACCAUGCCAGUGCCCGCUCCAACGGCUUCCCCGCUGCCUUUGUCAACGAGGAGCCUUUCAGGACCUCCAACCCCAACAUCCACAGCUCCAGAGACACCUACGAGAGCAUUCAGUGGAACGCUGUCCUCCGUCACUCGAAGCUGACGGUAGGCUUCCUUGUCGAGGCUUCUUACUUGGGUUAG